AUGGCAGAGCCCUACAGUUUAGUGGACGAUCUGGGCCAGUACCUUGCGAGUAUCGUGGCCCGGCCCGGGCGCAACGAGGUGCAGUUCUACCCUCUCUGCGGCGGCGGCGAGCAGCUCAUCGACGAGGCGCAAAUCACCCGGCACGAGUUGCAGAGCGGGCUGGACAUUGUCGCGGCCACGUGGCUCAACGAGCAUGCGGAUGCGCCGGCGGCGCCCAAGGGCCAGAAGCGGGCGGCCCCGGGCGAGACCAGCACCCAGACCGGAACCCAGGCCCAGGCCGAAAACAGCACCCAGGCCAAAGACAGCACCCAGACCGACACCCAAACCCAGACACAACCCCAGACACAACCCCAGACACAACCCCAGACACAACCCCAGACUGACACACAACCCCAGACUGACACACAACCCCAGGCCGAGGCCCCCGCCGAGCCCCUCCUCGCGGUGGCGCUCGCGCUGGGCGAGAUCUGGACGUUUCUGCCCCGGCGCGCCGUGCGCGUGGCACAGGCGUGCGUGCCCGAGGCCGCGGUGUCCUUGGCCGCGGCCCACGCGCGCAACCACGUGUGGGCGUGCGGCGCCGCGGGCCUGGUGUUCCUCGUGGACGUGGUGGGCGGCGCCGUGGCCAAGACCAUCCGCGUCAGCCGCGUGCUCGCGGAGCCCUGCGCCGUGGUCGCGGCCUGCCGGCACCAGGCGCGGCGCCGGCGCAACACGGCGCCGCCGCAGCUCUUCUUCGCCGCGCUGGCCUCGUUGCGCCUCGUGGACGGCGCGCGGCUGCGCGGCUAUGUGGUGGCCGAGUUCGCGGCGCGCGACGACGGCGCCGACGACGCGCGGCGGCCCAUCUCGCACGUGGCGCCCGUGCCCGGCGACGGGCGGGCCGUGGCCGUGGCGCGCGCCGGGUCCGGCGCGGUGUCGCUCUUCGACGUGGCGGCCCCGGCGCAGCCGCCCGUGGUCUUGCCGUGCGGCAGCCUGGACGUGCGCCGCUUGCGCGCGUGGCGCGGCGGGUACGUGGUGGCGUUCACGGCGCGUGGCGCGGAGGUCUUCCUGCUGCACGCGGCGGCGCCGGCGGGGCCCGUGGCCGUGGUGCGGGCGGCGGGGCCCGGCGUGGUGCUCGAGAACGUUUUCCUCAGCGCGGCGCACGGCGUGGUGGGCGUGUUCUACGCGGGCACGCAGCCGCGCUUCGUGCGCGUGGCCGCCGCCGCCGCGGCCUUGGCGGGCGACGUCUCGGUGCCGGCGGGCGACGUCUCGGGGGUCGCCUCGGGGGUCGUCUCGGGAAUUGCCCCGGCAAUUGCCCCGGAAACCAUCACGGGAUUCGCUUCUGAAACCAUCUCAGAAACCGCCCCGGCCGACGCCCGGCUGGACGGCGCGCUCCUCGCCGAGCUCGUGGUGCGGCUCGGCGCACAGCCCCCGGAGCCCGCGGCCGUGGUGGCAGUGUGCGCCGGCUGCGCCCACGAGCCCACGAUCCGCGCCGUGGUGUGCCUGCUCGGGCAGCACGCGGACCGCACGCUCGUUCCCGCGUUGUUCGAGGCCGUGGCCGGCCACGUGGCGCGCGACCCGGCGCGCAGCGACUCGCUUGCCGUGUGGCUCCGGUGGGUACUCUUGGCGCACGGCGGGCAGCUCGCGGGCGCCCGGCAGCACGCGGACAGCUUGCGCGCGUUGCAGCACUCGCUCGCCGGCGGCGUGCCGAUGAUGGGCCGCAUGUUGGCGCUCCAGGGCCGGCUCCUGUUGUUGAAGGCGCAGGCCGAACUCCGGCGCGGCGGGGGGCAUGUGGCGGGCGAGCUGGACAGCGAGCUGGAGGCCGUGCUUGGCGUGGGGGGCGCUCUUGCCCUGCCGCGGCGGCCGGCCGAGGCCGUGAUGUACGCCAACGGCGAGAACGACGACUCGGAGGGGUUUGAGGAUGGCCUUGAGGAUGGCCUUGAGGAUGGCCUUGAGGGCGACCUCGAGGGCGACCAUGAAGGCGGGCACGGCGCAGACGCGGCCCUGGGCCACGGCGACGGCGCGUAG